AUGGCGGGAGGGCUUCAGGGUUUGGAAGCUUUGGUGCUUGAAUCUCUGAAGGCGGGCGUUGGUCAGGCCUUGCUCCAUUUCGUUGGUUUCACGACGGACUUCAUUUCUGGGCAAGGCGCUUCGGAAGGCUCCUUUGGGAUCUCCUCCACUUGCUUGCUGUCCUACCUGGGUCUGAGUGGGACGCUCUGGCAGGCCCACUUGCUCCACACCGCCAUUCCAGCAGCGCUGGUCCUUAUCCUUGUGGCUUUCCUCCCCAGCAACCGGCACGGAGUUGCAGUGGUUGUAGGCCUGAAUUGCUUCUGGCCUGUGAUCUUCAGCUACUUUGGAAAGCAUCUUUACUGCUUCCAGUUCGCACCGGAGGGCACGUCACAGGUGCAGAAGACUUUCGAGUGCCCGUUCCUGGAGGAAGAAUCCCACCGCCAUGUCCUCCGCAUCCUGAUGGUCUUGAUCUUCCUGGUGGUGUCCUUCAUCUGGAUUGGCCUGUCAUUGCCCAAGGAGGGGGCAAAGCCGCCGCUUCACGUCAUCUUCCUCAGCCGGGCAUACCGACAGAGUUGCAGACUCUGGGAGUCCGAGCGGCUGAUGAGGAAAACCUUGCUGACUCUGGCGGUGUCUGCCCUGCCCAUCACUUCUUCGUCAGCUCUCCAACUGGCGGGGGUCCCUGUUAGUUGUGUUUUUUUAGGUGGUUUAGGGUUUAGGGUUUAG